UGUCGGAGUGACUACACCUUACACGAGUUUUAUCUCUCUGUUUAACUACUAAUGUUUUGACGUUUUUUCUGUCGUGCGUCCAAGCUCUUUCGGUUGCAUCCCAUUGAGUUUUGCACGCUUUUGCUUUUGUGUUUCUUUUUGUCGUCGAUUUUUGCUGCGCAGUUUACUUACCAGAGUUGUGCACUGACUGGUCUCCUUUGCAAGCUCCCGUCGCUCUCCUGCACCGCCACUAUGGAUUUGCUUUGGAUAGCGGGCUGCCUUCUGAGCAUUUGUGCGUGGUGUGCGUCAACGGAGCGACACAGCGUCUACUGGAACAGCACCAACCCAAAGUUUGUAUGGGAUGACUAUGCAGUAGAGGUGCGACUAAAUGACUACCUGGACAUCGUGUGCCCUCACUAUCCCGAGGGGGAGGUGCCUCAGGUGGAUGCAGAGCGUUAUGUUCUUUACAUGGUGGAGCGAGAGGAUUAUGAGACCUGCAAACCCCAGUCCUAUGACCAGAUGAGGUGGGAGUGUGGACACCCCUUUGCCCCUCACGCCCCGGAGAAGUUCUCUGAGAAGUUUCAACGCUUCACGCCAUUCACGCUGGGCAAAGAGUUUCGCCAAGGAGAAAGCUACUAUUAUAUCUCCAAACCCUUGCAUCAUCACGGACAGGACUGCCUCCGACUCCGCGUGGACGUGGUGGCCGCAGACGGCUCUAAAGAAGCUCGUGUGGGCAAAGCAGGUCCAGGAGGCACAGCGACAGUCGGGGCAGGGGGCGGAGCUCACAACCCGUCCAACAGACUGCCAGCAGCAGACGACCCGGUGGUGAUAUUCCCCGAUGUCCAGAAAAGUGUCCGGACAAACUCAGCAAUUACGACGUCACUCUCCAUCUUCUCUUUACUCAUCCCCUUUUCAUUAUUGCUCCUAUUACACUGAGCAGAGACAAUGAGACUGCUGUUUACAGACUUUUUCAGGGACUUACAAUGAAGACAUGAAGUCCGUAGGGGAUCUAACCACUGACUUAAAACUAGAAAAAAAAAAAAACAAGAUGGCGGUUUUGCCUUUGCCCAGUGCUGGUCACAUGGGAACAAGAUGAGACGGAUCUUGAAACCGUUGUGGAGAAUUCAAGACAAUGCAAGGUCUGUCUUCUGAAUGUGACAAUGUUCCUUGGAAGAUUUAUGGAUUUCUAAAACGGCAGAUGAACAAUCAGCGUAUUCUGGUUUGAGUCCAAAACCAGUUGACCUGUCCACCCUUGUGCAUUGUGUACUUUUGGUUGUACUGUUCUCGUAAAAGUAUUGAAAUCUCCCUGUGUUUUUCUGUAUAUGUAGCAGGGGAAUACUGUCGUUCUACCUUUGCUGUAGCACUCCACUGCACAGUUCAAUCUCCUCAUCGCUACGGUGACGUCAAACGCUUUGUGCCACACGGCGGUUUUGUGUACAUUUCUGUGAAGAUAAUUUAUGACAGCUGUUUUACUGUAAAUACUAAGUAAGUUCUCUCAAAAUGUUUACUAGUUUUCCUUCCUUGUAUAUGUGCGCAAGGAGGAAAAAUGUGGCAUGGUAUGUUUUGCUGCCAAAAAAAGCAAAUACGGACUUGUUGUUGCGAGAGGCAGGACUUCUCAGAUUGCUGGAUUUUUGCCACUUUUUUCUGCAUAAAAUGUCAAAAAGAAACUGGUUUAUGGAUGAUCUUGAAGCUAAUGCUAACCUUGUGUGCUAUGGUGCUCUCCCAUUCAUUCUUGUUCACAAAUUCUAGCUACACCGGAUUUUUUGAAAAGACUAUAUUUGGACGCGGCUCCCAAGUUGCCAAGCACACACCACACUGACGGACAAAAGCACAACAGUGUAUGACUACCAUUUUGUAAAACCAUGAAUUCUUGUUACUUAUUUUGUACAUGUGUAAUUAAGAGUGUAUUAUAUGUACAUAGCCUA